GUGCAAUUGUUAUCAAACCCGAUCGAUUACUGCAGAGGUUUUUAAGGAAAAAGUUUCUUAAAAAAGCCUUCGGCGACCGCAAACUCUUUCGUCCAAUUACACGAAGUGCGUUGUGUUGGGUCUCGAAGGACCCAACCCAAACCAAACCAAAUAGAUCGGAAAGGACAACCGAGACAAGGAAUAAAGCAACCGAAACCAGAGCAAAAGAAACGUCUUUUCGGAGCGAGCAGAUCCAUCGGCCGCAAAGGCGGAGGCACAUUCUCGGUCCGAACUCCGAAACCACCGCAGUGAACCAUGGAACCCCACGGCGAUCCUUCCGCGGCCGGUGCGGRCCGGGGGGUCUCCCUCCUGCCCUCGUGGUACGUCGUCAAGCUCACCGCCACGGCGUCCCUGGGCGGAUGCCUCUUCGGAUACGACAUGGGAGCGAUCUCGGGAACCCUKCCGCAGCUCACGGCGACCUUUGGCCUGGACAACAACCAGAAAGAACUAGGUACGAUCGGGCGGCGCAGUGCUUGUUGUGUGGCGGKUCGGGGCUAGGAGCACGGGGAGGCCUUUCGAGCWAGAGCAACAGCGAGAGAGAGACGAGAGAUGCAUGCGUUGCCACGUGUCCCUGCCCUCUGUUUUGCCCGCCGUGUGUACGAAACGAAACCGCUGGCUCAUACUGUUACAUACCGGUACUUCUUUUGCGUCGUUUGCGUUUUUGACCCGAUACACAAAMCYAGUGGUCAGCAUACUCUACGUGGGUGGUGCAUUAGGGGCUUGCAUCGGAGGAAGCCUUUGCGACCGGAUCGGAAGAAAGGUCACGAUCAUUCUCACCGAUUUCUUGUUCACUCUGGGUGCCGUGUGGUUGUAAGUGCCGUCGUCUUUGAAUUGCUGUGGAACGAUGCAACGCAAAGCACGGACGCGGAAGCCUGUUCGAGGGAACAACCAACUCGCCAAUGCCGUGCCAGAAAUCCACCUCACACACAAGCUUUUUCCCCCUCGACAAACGCUUCGUUUGUAUCGCUGUGAUCUCAUUCUCGCGUCGUUGACAAUUCCGGUGGACAACCGUCCGACCCCCGAACCCAACAAUACAACGCAACGCAACGCAACGACAGAUACUUUGCACCCACGUAUGCGGCGGUGGUGGCGGGAAGGUUUGUCGUCGGAGUCGGGGUUGCCGUAUCUGGGGUAGCGGACGUGACCUACCUGCGCGAGUGUGCUCCCAUCGAAUGGCGGGGCUCGAUCGUGUCGGUCAACGAGGCCUGCAUUUCCCUGGGGUUCUUGCUGGCCUACUGCGCCGGUUACGUCUAUGCCGACGAAGGAGCCGAGGAAUGGCGGACCGUCUUUGGGGUGGCCGGCAUUCUGGCGGUGAUUCAGUUCCUUGGUGAGUAGACGGCAGGUUGGCGCGCCGUUUGGUUCCGUUCGGGACCAAGCCGUGGCGUGCUUUUGUUCGGUCGCGACACAACUCGACGCCAAUUUCGGAUGUCCCAAUCCCUCACACCAUMUCUCCCCUCCUYGUUCCAACUGAAAACACAUGCUUUCUUCUCCGUGUCUAUGGUGGCUGGCAUCAGGAAUGCUGAAAUUGCCCGAAAGCCCGGCUUGGUUAACCGAGAAAGGCCACGAUGAAGCGGCCAGGCAGGCUCUGGAACUCAUCAAUGGAUCCACCGACAACUCGUACGUAAGUGGAGACGAAAGCGGCGUAGAAACCCUUCCGUCGUUUGGACGGAGCUCGGGCAAUCCCGAUGGAACAUUUUGGUCGUCACCAACGAGAAACGGCAGCGGCAUGAAUCGCCGUUCCAGCUCUUUCGAACGACGGAGAAUGGAACGCGUGGAUUCGAAUUGUCCUCUCCGAGUGGACGAUGCAGAACUAGACGGAAGCAUCCAACMGGCUACGGCAACCAUGAAAAACAUGGAAGACGAAAAGAUUUCCAACCGUAAAAAAGAGGAAUAUGCAUCUACUCGGUUGAAAAACAGAAGUCUGUCGGCUUGUUCGUGCGUUCGGAAGUUUGGGUAUAAUCUUCAAGCGGCUGCAUUGACACUGUCGCGCUAUCGGCAGCAAACCUACAUUGCACUUUUCCUUGCCGUGGCCCAACAAUUCUGCGGACAGACGAGCAUACUCAACUAUGCACCUCUCAUAUUUGCCGAGGCCACAAAACAAGACGUCGAAAACGAUGGAGACGCAAACGAUGGUAGCACCGACCAAGAUAUGUCGCUGGUAAUUAUUGGCUUGGUWAAAUUUGUCGUCACGAUACUUGUUAUUUGGCGGAUAGAGUACAUUGGUAGACGGUCGCUUCUUAUAUUUGGAAACUGUCUGAUAGCUCUCGGCUUGCUGGCUUUGGUUGUGGCAUUUGGGGGCUCAAAUAAUACUGCAACAAGUGGGGACGCCGAUGGUGMAAACGAUGCAGCCUCUUGGUCACCGAUGACGAACAUAAAGACGUUUGACCUGGCGCUUCCCGGGGUCUUGCUCGUGGUSUCGGGGUACUCGAUGUCGUUUGGACCACUCACUUGGCUUCUGACAUCGGAAAUAUUUCCUACAGAGAUUCGGGGGAGAGCGCUCGGGUACAGCUCGAUCAUCACGUCUAUGUGUGGCGCAAUUUCUACGCAAACAUUCUUGUAUGGGCAGUCCAUUCUUGGACCAUCCUUUGUCUUUGGGAUAUAUUGUGUGAUUACGGUGGCCGGAGUUAUGUUUGCCUAUCUGGCGAUCCCCGAUACGGGGGGAAAGACAAUCGUAGAAAUCGAGGAAUCACUGAAUCAAAUGUACUGGUGGAAAUAUAGUUCGAUAGCCCUAUCGCAGGACGACGAAGGGUGCAUGGGGAGAUCUACCAACCGAUCCGAAAUGGUACCAUCUCCUUCGCCAGACUUUUCUGGGCACGGCUUAACGUGACAGCAUGAUGCACACGAGUAGAGAAUCAAAUAGAUCAACAGCUGUAUCCACUCGCAUCGCACUAAAUCGCUAUUUUAACUACUACUUCAAUCGUCGUUUGGAGUUAUUGUAAUACCAUGCAGAUGAUCUUACGCUUUGCCACCGGUUCUGAAUACUGCUGCUAGGUAUCGCCCUGGAAAGCUAGAUCUGUGGUAUGGCGUGGGUGUGUCGACACCACAAGCGACCCAGAGUAGCACUGAAGGGCACGUGCGUAAGUCUGAUCAUUCAGAUCUCUGGCCUCGUAGCAGUGCCAUUCCCACCAGUCUUGUACCAAAACAUCAAACUACCUCCACAAUUUUUCUAUAUUUCCCAGCUGCCUCUGCCCAUGACGUUUACAGAUGAAUGCUCGAAACUUAGCACCACAUGACAACCGCAGGAAUGGCUGGGGGGGUACAUAAAAUUACAACAAGUUGCUUUAGUUCUGGGGAUAUACAGCAGUAGACAUGAGUAUUUUUUAAUGAAUUAUGCAUUGGCUGCACAACUCAACCAAGCCUUCAAGUCUCAAUCACCAAGCAGUCAUAAAUUUGACAUUCUCAAUUAAAGUUUCAGAGCUUGCAUUAAAAGACAUGAGGACCAAUCAAUGUGAGCUAGCUGAUUGUAAGUGACAACAAGAAUGAAGAAUAUGCACAAUC